CGUUUGCUCUAUAUCUUCAUUCAUCAAAUCAAAGUUAAACCAAAAGGCGACGAUCAUUUAGUAUAGUUUCAGUGUACAACUAUUAAUGGCAGCACAAACAGUUAAGAAGUUUCAUGAAGAGAUAGAUCACAAAACACGAUUAGUGGCAGCAGAAUUAGCUAAGAAGUAUCAUGAAGAUCAGAUAGACAAAGCACGGGAAGAACUUCAAGAACUUGUAAAUACGGGGAAGUUGAGUGCUUUUGAUAUGCUUCGUUUAGCUUACGCAUCUCAAUUCUCAAUUGCCAAUCAUCAUCAUGAUGAUGCAGGACGUACUACUUCUACUGAUGAUAAAACAAAGGAAACUGAUCUAUCUGCAAAAAAAAAUUAUCUCGAAACAAUUGCAAAACUCAAGGAAAAAUAUCACAGAAUAACGUCUCGUGACCUCUAUCAGCUUGCUGGAAUUGUUGCUGUUAAAACACUUAAGGGUCCAGACAUCGACUUUGUCCAUGUUAGAAUGGAUUUACCAAUUUCACCAGAUGAAAGCUGCCUUCCUGACAUCACACUAAGACUACCCGAAUUAAGAGAUGUCUUCGGCAAAGUGAAAAUCUCUGAGCCCAAGCAUAUAGUAGCAUUAUAUGGAGGUCUCAAACUGGCCAGAGGUGGAGCUCAGGAUGCGAAGUUGAAAUUUGACGACUCUGCGCACCUCUUCAAAGAGAAGGAUUUAAGUCCCACUGAAAAAGCUAUGCUUGAAGAUAAGGAAUUCGGCGAGUGGGUGAAACUUUAUGCACAGAAAAAUGAGGAUUUCUUGAAGGACUAUAAAGAGGCACACAAGAAGCUCUUUGAGUUUAACUUACCAUAUUCAGCAAUUAUUAAAGAGAAACUGUCACAAGUGAAGAAGGCUGUUGGAGUUGGAGUUGUUGUUGCAGCCGCUGUUGUAAUAUUGAGUGUCUUCUAUGUAAUCAACAGGAGGAGAGCUAAGCAUUCGUCACAGCAGUUCCAGUAACAUUUGUGGCGAACUCACGAGACAGCUUGGAGAUAUAUCUUAUCAAUGUAACCUGAGUAUGCAGAUGUACUAAUAUUCAAAAUUAUUCCCUUAUUGAGCAAGAAUUGUCCA